AUGAAAAAAGCUGGCACGAUGGUAACUACUGCGAAUGUCGGGCAAGAAUUUCUGUCGCGUUCAUGGGGAGAAGAUAAACUUAAUAAAGUGAAUGCAAUCUUAGACGAACGUGAUAAAGCAGUUGAUGGGACAAGCGAUAGUAGAGCAACUAAUCAUGCUUCAUCAAGUAGUGCUAUCACAUCUGGUACAUCAUCCGUUACUAAACCAAAAUUAGCCAAACAUGUGACAAUGGCAGCGACAACUAAAGAGGCAAAAUCAUUAAUUGGCACAGAAGCAUUUGGAAACACCCGUUCGGAAACAGUUCGUCGAAAAGCUGCAGAAAAAGCGAAGAAAACGUUAAAAGAAGUGGGAAAACCUCAAGGACGAAAACCCAAACAACAACAACAAAAGCAAACAAAAAAGCCUGCUCUCAAACGCUUGGGAACGAUGGCACAAACUGCGGCAGCUGGAAAAGAAUAUCUAAAACGUGGUGGGAAAAAAUCAACGACACCUGGGGCAAACAGAAGAGGUGGACGUCGUAAGAACACCAAGAAAAAUUAA